AUGCAACCAAUCGAAAACAAAGCCACCACACCGGAGGCAAUUUUGGUGAUCAAGAAGGAGUCUUCCUCUCCGGAGGGGGUGGUCCCGCCCAUCCCAGAAGCCGAACCAGUGGCCGACAGACCACACCCAGUGGAGAUCAUGGUGGCAGAACCUUCGCCUCCGAGUCCCACCCAAAUUAAUGGUGAAUCCUCUCCUUCAAGGCCAAUCGAAAAGCUCAGACGCAGCCGACACAUCCUCAACAUGCACAUGGGGAACGGCAGCAUCGAGAUGGAGGUGGAGGUGGAUAAUCAUCGCCGUGGCAACAACAAGCCCGCACAAGGCUCCUCUUCUAAACGUCCUCGACACUAA